CAUUGACUGCCUUAGUAGUGUAACUUCUAUUCAAACGUCUUUUGUAUUCUAUUAUGAUUGCCGUGUUCAUACUCGAGACAAUUCUUAAUCAAUCGUAAUAGUUGAGAAACUUCAAAGACAACUGAUAAUUACUGUAGUAAUAUAAACUGCACCAUUGUUAUGGAUGAUCACAGAUACUCUGCUGAGGAACAUGUUUUCUUCAGUAUCCUGUUAAUUUUCCUCAGUAACAUAUUCUAGAUUCUCCCUCAGAAGAAUCUUCCUUCCUUCGUCAGUUUUGAUUAGCAUCAGGAUUUUGGGAAAUGCAUGUUGUUUAAUGGUACUGCAUGGAACAUUACCAAUAACAACUCUUAAAGUGUUUGAGACAACAGUGAAUUAUUGUACGUGUAUUUAACAAAUUUAAACAAUAAGUAAAAGUUGUUUUGAAUAUUAGAUUCAUACAUCAGCAGUGAAAUCUGGUUAUAGUUCUUCAAGAUAUUGAAUUUCAUUUUUAACAGAUUUAUUGAGUAAUCAUUUGUAAAGAAUUCUGUGAUAAGAGUUGUAAAUUGAACAUAUUGUCAUUACAGAACAGGACAGGACAUAAGGCUAAAAUGAAUCCAGAACAUUCUUUAGAAUUUCCUUUGAAAAGUGAAACUGAAGGUGCAUUAUCACUACCUUCCAUAAAUCAAGAAAACAGCAACUUGGCUGCCUUUAGUGGAACCAGUGAUGAAGACUUUUUGUCUCUGGAUCCAUUGACGGACAUCAAAAUAGAGCCAGAGGAAUUCUAUGAGUCUAAUGAAGAUGAUGAAUAUUCAUAUGAAAUGAAUUCAACAGUGAACGAAAAAAAUCCACAAACUUGCAAAAAGGAAGUAAAACAAGAAAGAAGAAAUAUUCACAACGGAGAGAAGCCUUUCAGAUCAACUGACUGUGAGAAAGCAUUUUACAAGAGAAUUAAUCUUACAAAUGAUAUCACAAAUCCUACCAGAGAGAAAUUCAUAUGCAAUGACUGUGGGAAAGCAUUUUCCUUGAAAGGUAAUCUUAUAGUUCAUAUGAGAAUCCAUACAGGAGAGAAGUCAUUCAUGUGCAAAGAAUGCGGGAAAGCAUUUUCUCAGAAACCACAUCUUACAAGUCAUAUGAGUAUCCAUACUGGAGAGAAUCCAUUCAUGUGCAACAUAUGUGGGAAAGCAUUUUCCCAGAAAUCAGAUCUUACACGUCAUAUGAGAUUGCAUACUGGAGAGAAGCCAUAUAUGUGCAAGGAAUGUGGGAAAGCAUUUUCCCAGAAAUCAAAUCUUACAAGUCAUAUGAGAUUGCAUACCGGAGAGAAGCCAUUCAUGUGCAAUGAAUGUGGAAAAUCAUAUUACCAUAAAUCAAAUCUCACAUGUCAUAUGAGGUUGCAUACCGGAGAGAAGCCAUUCAUGUGCAACAUAUGUGGGAAAGCAUUUUCCCAGAAAUCAGAUCUUACACGUCAUAUGAGAUUGCAUACUGGAGAGAAUCCAUAUAUGUGCAAGGAAUGUGGGAAAGCAUUUUCCCAGAAAUCAAAUCUCACAUGUCAUAUGAGGUUGCAUACCGGAGAGAAGCUAUUCAUGUGCAACAUAUGUGGGAAAGCAUUUCCAAGGAAAGAUCAACUUACACAUCAUAUGAGAAUCCACACUGGAGAGAAGCCAUUCAUGUGCAAAGAAUGUGGGAAAGCAUUCUCCCGGAAAUCAAAUCUUACACGUCAUAUGAGGUUGCAUACUGGAGAGGAAAAAGAAACAACAUGAUAAAAUAAACCAGUUAAGGCAGAAAUCUCUCAAAUGACCAACUGUAUGAGAGAUCAAAAUCACUCACAAAAUCUCAAGAAAAUAAGGAAAAUAAAGAAAAAAUACAGAAUAGGGGAUGAACAAAUGAGUGGAAACUGGCAGAACACCAAGCCAAUAUAAAGGCCCUAACUGCACAAAUAGGAAACAAACAACAGAAGAUGAAAGUAAAACUGAUAAAUAUGCAGUUUGGUGACAAUCCAAAGAUUGUGCAUAGAAAAAUGACGAAAGAAACAGUGUAGGUACGAACACAGCCGAGCAAGGAAGACCUAGAGAGAUUUUGGAAGCCUCUGUUUGAAGACCCUAGACAACACCAAGAGAAUUCAUGGAUUGACACCAUUAGGCAGAAGAACAGCCAGAAACAGCAGAUACCACCAAUUGGGUUCACCAUCAAAAAAGUAACAAAGACAAUAAAAGAAUAUAAUAGUUUCAAGAUAACAGUAAUAGACAAGAUCCCAAAGUUCUGUCUAAAAAAGAUCACAGCUCUACACCACACUUAUGCACAAGCCUUCUCAAGAAUAGUAAGAGGAGAAGGAGAAUCACCAGAGUGGCUCACAACAAGAAAUACCAACCUUCUCCCUAAAAGCUCCGAGGCUGAGCUCCCAAGCAAAUAUAGGGCCAUCUGCUUCCUACCAACAACCUACAAAUGGCUCACAUGAGUCAUCACAGACGAGAUCUGUGAACACCUAGAUCAAGGCAAAUAUAUGAAAAAAGAACGAAAGAGAUGCACAAGAAACAAACUAGGCACUAAAGAUCAACUGCUAAUAAACAAAACAAUAUUAGAAGAUUGUAAGAAAAGACAAAGGAAUCUUAAUAUGGGUUGGAUAGAUUACCAGAAGGCACACCUGGAUACUCAAAUAUUUGGAACUCUAUAACAUCAAUGAGGAAAUAAGAUCUUUCCUGGCAGUACAGAUAAGUGGAAGACCACUCUCUGUCUAAAAUAGCAUUGAGGGCCAGAUAGUAAUUCCAGACAUAAAGAUUCAAAGAGGAAUAUUCCAGGGUGACAGCCUCUCACCACUUCUCUUCUGCUUGAAGACAAGAAUUUACACUAGACAGAAACUGUUUGCUUAAUCUCUGUCCAAGUAGUUUUUAUUACAUGAUUUUAUUUAACUUGACUUCUGCGUCUGUUUUGAAUGAAGGUGUCUCAAAAGGUGUGUGAAAACUCAUGCUAGAAAGAAGUUAUACCUGUAUCUGCACUUAGUUUCCAAGAAGUUUUUUUUUUUUUUUUUUUAAGGUUCAUCUUAGAAUGUGUUAACUCAGAUGUUGAAACAGUUUUUCUCUUGUAGAUUCAUAACAUAUGUGAGCACACAUGGAGGAUAAAUAUUAUUCUUUUACACUGCAUGUUGUACUUUUGUCUUGUAUUCUGCAAAUCACAGUCAUUGGUUCUGAAUGCCAGACUGUUUUUCAGGUGUCAAAAUGCACAAGCAAAGUCACUCAUCAGAGAGGAUGUUCAGUUGCACUGACAGAUUUGUUAAUGUUUUGCACCCCAAAGUAAGUUGCACUUGAUGUGGAGAUAAUUAUUGUGAACUUGUCUGCAAAAUCUAUAGAAAAAAAAGGCAACAGCAACCUAAGGGGCGAUAAAAAGAAAAACCAUAUUUAUAUUUUUAUGAUCCAGUUCAUAACCAUCAUCAUUGUUAUUACUCAAAGAAGAGAAGGAGAAUCUGGAGGGUCUCAGUGAAAAUCAGGAUGAAGGCUCUUCAUUUGCCGAUUCUUUAUUAGAAGUCAAGGCAGAGCCAAAGUAUUUUGGCCAGAGUGAAUUUGAUGCAAAAUGGUUGUGUAACCUUUAUGCAAAGGUUAAAUAAAUGACUUUUAGUUUUUUUCUUACAAUUUUUCUCAUUGAUUACUGCACAGUGUUAAGAAAUUUUCCUUUGCCUUCUCUUCUCUUGUUCCGGUGCAUUUUUUGUAUGAUUUCCAAAUAAAGAAUUAGUAUUGUCUUUAGCUGACAUGGUUUUCUUGCUCUUGUUAUUCAGUAUUAUGCAUAUAUGCACUUGUAUAUGUAGUUGUAAGCUUGAAUAUUUCCAUGAAAUGUUAUUCUUAGUGGAAAUAGAAAGGAUUGAUAU